GAGUGGUUGCGCUGCCAUCAGCCAUCCUAAUUCCUGUCUGUUCUGAUCCUGACGUGCGCACCUUAACUAUCGCUAGAGCUGAUACAUUUUUGCAAGACAGCAGAGGUUUGGCGGCAGCGGCAUACCCCAGGAGUCGUCGCGCUAGUGCAUUUGCAUUUGGGGGGAGCGGACGGGACGGGACGGGAGGGGCCGUGGGCAAUGGCGACGCCGGCGCGCCCGUACCGGUUCCCGGCGCUGCCGGAGAAGGAGGAAGACGAGCAGGUGGCGACGCGGUGCACGAGGCAGACGUGCGGGACGUGCAGCGCGUCGGCGGUGGCGAGCUGCGUGGCGCUGUGCUGCUGCCCGUGCGCCGUGGUGAGCUGCCUGACGCUGGCGCUCAUCAAGGCGCCCUACGUGGCGGGGCGGCGGUGCGUGGCCAGGAUCGCCAGGAGGCGGCUGCGGAAGGCGAGGACGAGGCGCGUCCGCGACGUGGACGAAGACGAUGAGGAGGACAAGCAGCAGCAGGGCCCGCGGCGAAGCAAGGAGCUGUGGGGCAUCGACCUGCCUCGUGCGGCCGUGGACGACGGCGCCGACGACGGCAGCGGCAGGGCGAAGGUGAGCUCCAGGAUGGAUGUGUCCGAGAAGGUGUGGGCGGACAUGUACCAGGUCGGCCUCUGGGGGUUCGGCCGGCUGUCCUUCUCGGCGGCAGUCGGGGACAGAGGCGACUCCGAGAAGGACGGCGACAGUACUGCGCCUGAGUAAGACGGGCAUUGGUUCACUCUAGAGCCGGCUCAAUGUCGUCUUGUACAAACUUUAGCUUGUUUCUUUGGCAAUUGCCUGCACAAACUUUUUUGUGA